AUGCGUCUCACCCCCACUCUCUUCUCAAUAGCACCAGCCACUCCGGCUUCAUGGCUCACAUUCCUAAAAGCGGCUCAGCUGCAGCGCAUCGCCCGCGCAACGGGCAUUCAGUCCUCAGGCACGAAAGGAGAUCUGAUCCGCAGGAUUGAAGCGGAGCUGCAACUGCAAUUGCCCGUUCACAAUUCGCAGACGUCUGCAUGUACAAGUGCAAGUACUCUGGUGCCAUCCCAACAUGGAAAUGGUGCUACUGUGUCCGGAGGGAAUACUGGGAAUACUUCCCAUUCCCAUUCCCAUUCCCAUCCUAGUCCACGGGAUCAGUGGAGUAUCCUCAGUAUCGAUAUGGGGAUUCAAAAUUUGGCCUUCGCUCAUCUGCGCAUACCGAAAUCCCGCAGCGGGGAGGGUUCUGGGGCUAUUCCUGCCAUGCCGGAACUGACAGCGUGGCGCCGGCUUGCGGUUUCGGAAUUCGCAGGACUAGAUCUGGCGCAGAGCGUGGAAUUGGGAGGAAGAUCCAUGCCAUCUUCUUCAUCUUCAGAACAAAUCUCUCCAUCUCCAACACCUGCUCUCGGAAAAGACAGCCCACCACCAGAAGACCCAACCUCAGCCUCACCCCCCAAAAAGCGAAAGCAAAAACCCCCUACCCCAAUAGCAAUCCCCUUCUCCCCACCCCUCUAUGCCUCGCACGCCUACACCCUCCUCACAACCCUGCUAUCAGCCUACCGCCCAACGCACAUCCUAAUCGAGCGGCAGCGCUUCCGCUCCGGCGGGAGCAGCGCCGUGCAGGAAUGGACGCUGCGGGUUGGUGUGUUUGAGGGGAUGUUGUAUGCUAUCUUGCAUGCGUUGCGGCAGGAGCGCGGUGGGGAGUUUGCGGAUGUUUGUGUAAGAGGGGUUGAGCCGAAGAGGGUGGUUAGGUACUGGCUUGAUUCCGAUUCUGAGGGCGGGACUCGGAUUGGGGUUGAGGAGAAGCAGAAGCAAAAGAUGAAUGCGAGAGAGGUGAAAAAGGCAAAGAUUGACCUCGUGGGACGGUGGUUACUAGCUGCAUCAUCUAGCCCCAGACCCGGAUUCGCAGCAACGGCACCAAAAGCUGUUGCUGCUGCCAGAGAAGGAGAUGAAGUGCAGAAGUUCAUACUGGAUGAGAAGCAGGCUGACGUACAGAAUCUUGCUGGUGCCUACCUGCGGAAGUGGAAAGGGCAGACGCAGAGGACCACAACGCGAGCUUCGAAGAAUGAUGAGCAUGAGCAGCCACUCACACUUGGGAAACUAGAUGAUCUGGCGGAUUGUCUGUUGCAGGGUGUGACUUGGCUUGAAUGGCAAGAUAUGCGGGAGCGAAUUGCGAGGAGUGGAAUGGGGGCUCUUGAGUGA